UGCACGUAACAGCAGAAGGUGAAGAGUAGGUUAUAUCCACUCAGCCUGAUGCUGCAGGAUUCAUUCAUGCUUUGCAGGAGGCGCACCGAGAAACAGCUGCAAAAGCAAACAUAACAGCUGGAGAGCGUCAUUUAGCGCAUUCGGGUUUUUAUUUCAUUUUGUCCGCAUUUUGGCUGCAUCGAGGACAGACACCGGUCCGGGAUCCAUGAGACAUCCUUUAGACUGGAUACCGCUUCAGUAUCACGGUGAUGUCACUGAUGUCCAGCUGCUGACAUCUGUUCAGGUUGCGUGAAGGUGGAGUCAUGGACGCCGGGAGGCUGGAGCAGCAGGUGGCCAGCGUGGAAAGGGGGAUCUGCUUCCUGAAGCAGGAGCACCUGGCCAUGCUGACCGGCCUGCAGCUGGAGAUCACACACCUGAAGAGGCGCUGCCAGGAGCUGAGCUGUGAGCUGGACUCCAGGUUUCCAGACAGAAACACUUCAGAGGAAGAAGCAGAGCUCGCAGCUCACUGUGAGGCUGCAGAGCGCCUUCUGGAGCGCCAGCAGUGCAUGAUGGUGACUGCGCGUGGAGAGCUGCGAGCAGGCCGGGCACGAGCAGUGGCACUCGGAAGAAGCCUGAGGGAGGAGGAGCGGCGUUUCCUGGAGGAACUGAAGCGUCGCAGUCACAAGAUCACGCUGCUGAACCGAGAACUUCAACGACAAAAUGUAAUGACCUCAACUCUACACCAUGAGCUGCACAGUGCAAGGUUAAAACUUUUCCAGCAGCGGCAGAGGGCGGAAUCUGCUGCAAACAGAGAGCAGGGAGAUGUCAGACAGGAGGAGGAAGAUCAGGAAGAGCAGGAGGAAGGAGGCUCAGAAUGGCCCCUGUCUCCACAUACAGGUGCCUCCUCCAUCCAACCAGAGGGGAGAUUCAGGAGGAACAUCAGUGUGAGGGAGGAGAGGGUCAGAGCCUGUAUCCCACGGGAGAGGGUGACAUCACCACAGAGUCCACAACCAAUGCCAGACCCCGCCCUUUUCUUGGUGCCACUCAGAUACCGCCUCCUCCCUUGGAGCCAGCCAAUGAGACUUCAGCAUGGCGAGGAGGGGGAGGACGAAUGGGAAGACAUAGAGGACAGCAGGGUGCACAGAAGGGUGGACAUGGGGGCAGGCGAAGGAGAAACAGCUCUGUGACUAAGAUGUUUGCCUGCGUCUGCAUCUGAUAAACCUUUGAGAGGCUUCAGACGAGGCUGGGAUCUUCUGUAAAAAUCUUGAAAACAAGAUUUUUGAAUUAAGCUUCUCACAAAAAGGUUUCAUCUAAACUAGACGUUGGUAUAUUAUUAGUAGAUUUACUAAAUUAAGAAUGCAAAUGUUUAUUUGUAAAGUUAAGUGGGAGGUUUUUCAAUUUCAGACACAUAUUUAGCAGCAUUGCCUAAGUCAACACUUUCAUAUGUUGUUGCAGUUAAGUUUGUCUCUUGAAAAGGAUUUUUUUUAUUACCUGCACUUUAUUAAACUCAUACAACUUGCCUAGUUAUGAAAAACCAUAACCCCUGGUUUCCUGUUGUCUGUUUUUAAAACAUAUUGGAAGAUAUGAGAGAGACUUCCUCGUCCUUC